CCAACAACUAACCGUUCUACAGUCGUAUGAUUGUCGCUUCGUAAGCCUUCCCAACAUGAUCUACCAAAGAAUCAUUCACUAACAAACAUCAGGGGUCUGAAGCCCAGAUACUGAGUAUCGAAGAUGUGACAGGUCCCGGGUUCAAAUCCCGGCUGAGCCCAUCCUUUUGCCGUUUUUUUCGAUGCCCAUUGGGUGUUAUUCCGGUUUGGGUGCACGUAGUGGUGGUGUUUGUAUCGUGAUAGCUCACCGCCCAACACAUUCUGCCGCCCCACAACGAGCUCUAAGCUCCCCGCUCAUCAAACACUCUUACUUUUUGCUGCGUCAUAGCUACCAUUAUACAUACAUACGCUUGAUUUGCUUCGCUCUUGAUACACCCGCACGAUCUAAAACAACAACAUCCAAUCGUCUUACCAAAUCGACACUUCCCUGCGCUACCCCUCGACACAUAACGCAACAUGGCGCCAAAGAACAAGGGCAAAGGCAAGGACGCCAGCGACGCCAAAGACGCAGGUGGUGGCGCCAAGGGCAAGCUUAAGCCGGCGACGAGUAUCAAUGUGAGGCAUAUCCUGUGCGAGAAGCAUAGUAAGAAGGAGGAGGCGCUCGAGAAGAUACGGAACGGCGCGAAGUUUGAUGAGGUUGCGAGGGAGAUGAGUGAGGAUAAAGCGAGGCAGGGCGGCUCAUUAGGCUGGAAAGUCCGCGGUAGCCUCAUGCUCGACUUUGAGAAGGUCGCAUACGAACUCGAGCCUAGCACGACCGGUGCGCCGAAGAUUGGAGAGGUCAAGACGAGUGAGGGAUAUCACAUCAUCAUGGUCGAGGGGAGGAAGUAGAGACAGAUACUCAGAUACGAGCGGCGAUGCGGGUCGAACGGCAGCGGCAACAAUAGCGACCUUGAAGUGACAACGAUAUUAUGAAUACGAAUUACGAUACCAUGAGCAUGGCGAUUUGCGAUGCAGGCAGCUUGGGUUGAAGCGACUAUCAGGACACCUUGAACGUGGACGAGUAGAUGCUUUGUCUCGGUGUUGCGUCUUAGCAGCUCGCCAAUCCACAGACAUCAUCCUAGGUUCCUGGCGAUUCUGGGUACUCUAUCAAGC